AUGAAGUUUAUAGCAUUAAUAUCAGGAGGUAAAGAUUCAUUUUAUAAUAUAUAUCAUUGUUUAUCCCAAGGACAUGAAUUAAUUGCAAUUGGUAAUUUAUAUCCAAAUGACACGAAUAAAGAUGAGAUUGAUUCUUUUAUGUUUCAAACCGUUGGUCAUGAUAUUAUAGAUUAUUAUAGUCAAAUUUUAGAGGUACCAUUAUACAAACAACCAAUUACCGGUUCUUCAUCAAAUCAAGAAUUAGAAUAUCUGUAUACUGAAAAUGAUGAAAUUGAGGAUUUGUAUCAAUUAAUCUCGACUAUUAAAGACUGUCAUCCAAGUAUAGAGGCAGUUAGUUGUGGAGCUAUUUUAUCUCAUUAUCAAAGAACAAGAGUUGAAAAUAUUUGUGGUAGAUUAAAUUUAACUUCAUUAACUUAUUUAUGGCAAAGAAAUCAAAAUGAUUUAAUGCUUGAAAUGUGUAAUAAUGGAUUAGAUGCGAGAUUGAUAAAAGUUGCAGCAAUUGGAUUAAAUGCAAAACAUUUGGGAAAAUCUUUGAAAGAAAUGUAUCCUCAUUUAUUAAAGUUGAAUCAGAUGUAUGAUGUUCAUAUAUGUGGAGAGGGAGGAGAAUUUGAAACAAUUGUAUUAGACUGUCCUUUUUUCAAAAAGAAAAAACUACAGAUUGUGGAUCAAGAAGUAAUCACUCAUUCUAAUGAUGUAUUUUAUUUAAAAUUGAAAGUUGAAUUAGUUGAUAAAGAUCAGUCACGAUUAACAUUAGUACAACCGCCACCAUUAUUGGAUACAGACUUAUUGUCAAUAGCACAAACCGAGUCAUUACACGAAGACGUCUCAGCUCAAAGUGUAUCACAUUUCAAUUCAAGUCACAUACCCAACCUCAAAAUUACAACCACAUCAAGCAAAAUUUUCAUUUCAAAUCUAACUUCAAACGCCGAGACUAUUGAAGACCAAACAAGAGAAAUUUUUGAACAAUUGCUGGCAAUUCUAAAAGAUUUUGAUUUAACAUUCAAUGAUGUACAGCAUGUAAAUGUCCUAUUAUCAGAUAUGUCAUUAUUCGCUCGAAUGAACAAAAUUUAUUCCACUUUUUUCACAAACAUAUAUUUACCACCUUCAAGAAUUUGUGUGGAGACUGAUAUAUCAACGACCGUUCAAAUUUCAUGCAUCGUUCCAAAAAUUACACAUUCUAAAACAGGAAUUCACAUAAGAUCAAGAUCGUAUUGGGGACCUCAAAAUAUUGGUCCAUAUUCUCAAAGUAUAGUGGAUCUACAAUCUAAGUACAAAUUGGCUAGUUUAUCAGGUCAAAUUCCAUUAAUACCGGCAACUAUGGAUAUUUCAGAGAACAAUAUUGCAUAUAAUGCUGCGUUAUCAUUACAACAUUUAUCAAGGGUUAAAAAUUUGGUAGGCGUUGUUAAGAGUGCCUCAAUAAUCUGCUUUGUUACAAAUAGUGCGUACAUUCCAAUUAUUAGAGAAUGUUGGGCUCGAUUUAUUAAUCUUAAAUGUGAUUCUGAUUCUCAUUAUAAAAAUAAUUUAAUCAUUGCUGAAGUACGAGCAUUACCUAGAGGUGCAGAUGUCGAAUGGGGAGGUUUUAGUUUUGAAGAAUUUAACUUGGAAACUUAUUACGAUGAAGAUGAAGAUGAAGAAACUGCCAAUAAGAGGGAGAAUUCAGAUAAUAGUUUUGCUUCAAAGAAAGAAAUAAUUGAUUCUAGUCUACCCAAAUUUGAAUAUCAUAAUAUAUGUUCAAUUGCAAAGGACUCAUAUAGAUUCAUUUCAAUUUUCACCUCAGAUGAACACCAUUUAAAACAAUUCAUAAAUGAUUUACCGGAAUCAAUAUUUAUCACUUUGUUGACCACUGAGGUUAUUGAUGAUAUUGAUGCAGAAUAUAUACCAGUUAGGACGCUAUAUAAUCACGAAGGUAUUCAAUUUAAAUACGCUUUAAUCAUAAGACAAGAGUCGCAUUAA